AGCAGGAUGGACGUUCUGCGGCCCACCCUGAUAAGGAGGGGGCGAGUGUACAGGAAGAAUCUCAUUCAAGAGCAGGCCUACCAGCACGAGGAGGAGGAGGAUUUCUGUGCAGGCCCCAGUGACUGCGCAGACGAACCCUGUGAUGCCUUUGUGGUGGAAGAGACUGAGAAAGGCUUCCAGUGCAGAGUGGAGGUUCCCAGCCUGUUAUACAAGUACAUCAUUGGGAAGAAAGGGGAAACCAAGAAGAGACUAGAAACAGAGACUCGAACCUCCAUCAGCAUUCCCAAGCCUGGAGCGGAAGGACAAAUUGUGAUUACAGGGCAGCAUCGCAGCGGUGUCAUCUCUGCCCGAACGCGGAUCGAUGUUCUCCUGGACAGCUUCCGUAAGAAGCAGCCCUUCACACACUUCCUGUCCUUCGCUCUCAACCAGCCCGCCAUCCAGGAGAAGUUCCUGCAGUUCAAGGAGGAAGUGUUGGAGAAAUGCUCAAAGGAUCACGGGGUCAGCAGCAGCCUGUUCCAGAACCCUGCAAAGCUUCACCUGACUCUUGGGACGCUGGUACUUCUGAACGAACAAGAGAUCCAGAAAGCGUGUGACCUCCUACAGCGAUGCAAAGAGGACUUUGUGGACCAAAUUGCUGGAGGCAAGCCCCUGACCGUGGAGGUGGCAGGAGUGGAGUACAUGAAUGAUGACCCUGCCAUGACGGACGUCCUUUAUGCCAAAGUCCACAUGAAGGAUGGAUCGGACAGAUUGCAGGUGAUCUCUGAUCAGCUGGUGGAACGGUUUGUGGCCUCCGGCCUGAUGCUUAAAGAAUGGGAUAGGGUGAAACUGCAUGCCACGGUCAUGAACACUCUCUUCAGGAAAGAUCCAAGUGCUGAAGAGCGAAACAAUACAAUGACUGGUAAAUCAUCUUUCAAGGAACGGGAGUCGUUUAAUGGCCGAAAUAUCCUCAAGCUCUUCGAGAACUUCUACUUCGGAGAGGUGCAGCUGGACUCGGUGCGUCUUUCCCAGAGGUUCUCCUCGGACGCCUCUGGCUACUAUGCGACGUCUGGGCAGCUGACCUUCUCCUGAAGUGGCAACGCGGCUGCCGCAGCGGGUCCGCUCAUCGGUGAAAUGGGUUUUUAUAGGACACGAACCCGGGAACUCCAAGCAGGGAUGCCUCCUGACUCCUCGACAGUGCAUUGCAGCCGGGAACCAUGGCAUUUCCCUGCAGCUUUUCCUACACGUAUUGCCUGCCCUCCCUUUCAGGGGGAACCGGGUUCCUUCCGCCUCUUUUCCCCAUUGGUAACUGAAAUGUUGCCAAGUUGCCUAUUUGAUGUCUGUUGCCUGUUUGUUUUCCAAGAAAACAACGAGAAAAACUGGUGCAGGUAGCUUUUGGGGCAUGGCCGAUGUUUCAGCAUGGCUUUAUUUCAGAAGAAGGAAGUUUGUUCUUAAAAUAAGUAUUUAAAAUCCAAGAGAGCUCCCCGGAGCAUGAUUUAAUGAUAUUGAGGUCAGGCAUUGCUUGGAUCUCCAGCAGCGUGCCUGUGUGAUGUAGAUCUCCAAAUAAAUUAAUUCCCUUCAAAAGCAAAGUGUUUAUCUCCUGUUGCAUUGAUAGUUUCGGUAAUUAAACUUCCAGCACACAACUAUGUUAAUAAGAAAGCGUUUAUGGUAAGAGCUCUUUCCAGUGACCGUUUUGGAGCGUGUCAAAAAACAUAUGCCUUGUAGGUGGUUUCUCCAUUAAAAGAAGCGCA